GGGCUUUGUGGGAACUGUGUGUUUCCAAGAUGGCGAGCUCGUUGAGCUCUUCAAUGGAGGGCACGGGAUUCAGUGACAGUGAUAUGAGUGCAGACGAAAGCUCAUCGUCUGUAGCUCAAAGAGAAAAGAACCUCAUAGCACGUCUAAAACAGGAAAAUAGGGUUUUGAAAAUGGAACUGGAAACUUGUAAGCUACGCUGCAAACAAUUGCAGGAAGAAAACAGGGCUCUUCGCCAAGCAAGCGUUUCAAUUGUAAGUUGUACGGUUAUCAAUAUCCAUUUCAGCUUUACAGACGUAGGGCUUAGAGAGAAAACCAUAUCGCUAUAGUGAAAUGUUCGUUAACUUUUUUUUCAAUGACUAUGUUAGAGAUUUCACCGACAGACUCGAUCAAAGUUACGUCCAGAAAAACAGCUGACGUGACACAAAAAGGUGUGACUCGCAGAUAAAAGAAAAAAGGUUGUUGUUUGUAUUUUAUUUUUAGGGCCAAUCUUAGCGUGAAAUUGUAGGAAUUUAGGUAUAUUAAUUUGCGAAGGCAAAUACUAAAACAUGUCGCGUUUGAUUUUGUUUCUUUCAACUGGCAAGUUUUACAUACCCGUUUCCAAUUAAUAAUUAUUCUGAAUUGUGUUCAGAAUUCUUCCUUUGCUUAUGAUAAUUUGUUCUUAGGAGUUUUUAACAUCGUUCAAAUUUCAGGGUAUGAUACUAGCAACUGAAAAGAAAAACAUUACAAUACUGUUUGUGAAUUUAACAGGGGAGAAAUGUAUGGAAAAGACAAUCUUCAAUGGUGUUACUUGUGGACUAUGAAAUAUAUUUUUUGUUUAACAUUAUGAUAGGCACUGCCAGUGGAAGGUGGUUGCCUUUGUCAUGUAACUGGAUUUGAAAUUGUCUUGUGUUGGUGUUUUGUCAAAACUUCGUGUUCCUACAGAACUGGACAGAAUUAACCUAACACUGAAUGCGUUCGUGUAACGCCAAUGGAAUGCAAUUGGAACACAAAAGGAAUGCAAAGGAAACCCCAAAAUUUGUGUGAAGGAGAACGUGUUCCAUGCCCGAAGAAAACAUACGCAAAUGAUAAUCCGUUAGCCAUUAGAAGACUAACAGAUAACACGUAGCUAACGGCUUUUUUAAUGCUCUAAUGGUUUGUCCAAAUGCACUAACGAUUUGUUCAAGCGCUUCAACAGUUAACGGUUGGUCCGUCUUAUGUUCGCCUUUACUUGUAAGAGGAUUGUGCAAAUCACCGGUGAUGAAUUCGACAGAAGUCUUCAUCUGGUCUUAUCGAUUUUCAGGCAAACUGAAUGCAAUACUCAACAGGUCCCGUGUUUCUCAUGGAAUAACUUUUAGCACAUUGAUUGAUAAUAAUUUCUUUAUGUUGAACAUGUAUCUCGAUUGCCGACUCGAUUGCAGAUUAGUCUGAUAAAAUGGAGAUCAAAAGUCGUCUAUCUUGGUGCUUAUUUCUUGAGCUUGUUGACAUUUGAGCCGAUUGCGAUAAGGCAUAAUUGCUUGACAACCCAAAUAAAAGCUUUCCUGUAUAUUAUUGACUUCCAAUAAAGUACCAUUGAAGUCAUGCCGUUUGUUGAACAGACUUCUCGCCAAAUCAACUUUUGCACGAAAAUAUUUACGAUCUGUUUCUUCUUUGUAGAGGAGACUUUCAAUCAUGUACUAGGCAAAAAAGUAGAUCACGUUUUACUGAUGUUCAUUUCUGAGCAUCAAUGCAAAUAUGUGACGCAAAACAAAUGUUUGCAGAUUUUGUUCUUUCCUGAAGCUUGUAUAUGACUACCUUACCUGUUUGAGGAAAUUUACCCUCCACUCUUUACCUUUGGAGAUUUUAGACGCCACCGUAAGUGAGUUCUUCGACAAUGCUAAUCUUUUACGAAUGGUCAUUAAAAUGGGUGAAAACUGUUUGAAAGGGUUCAAGGGUUACAAAAUAAUGUGUCUAAAGUGACGGUGUUACAGACCCACAGAAAAAUGUUUCCGUUGGAACUUCUUCAACAGAGCAUUUAAGGUAAAGAUCAAUGGAUUAAUCGCUAACAGACAUGAUUCACGUUCUAAUGGUUCAACAUAAGAUGUUAACAAAUUGACUAACACCUCUAAUGGACACAACUAACAGUGUAAUGGAUAUGGAUGAGUUAACGGAUUGCCAAAAGCCUCUCACGGUUUUCAUUUGAUCUGUCUAAUGGAUAGCUAAUGGUCUAGACCGUUUAAUGGAAUAUCGUUAAUGUACGUUUUCCCAAGUAAGGGCACAUUUAUAAGAACACAUUCCUCAGCAAAAGACCACUCUCCAAAGAACUGCAUUCCAUUUUGUCAUUCCAUUUUGCGUUUCAAAAUUUGAUAUCUGACUUACAAUGUAACAGAACAAAGAGUAAUAAAACUACAACUUCUAAUUUUUUGCACACUCGAUUUGUUUUGAGUAACUAGAGUUGCUGUUGCUGAAAAUGAUACAGAUCAUGUAACUUGCAAAAUGGAGCCUCUGCAACUAGUUAAGAUGGAUUGAAUUUGUCCGGCCAAAAAUGCCUAUGUCCGAGCAAAAUCAUGUUUGACCGGACAAUGUGUCCGGCACCUGCCCAAUAGUUAUUUCAAGCCCUGUUUGUGGUCAAUAAUUUUAUUGUUUAUGUUGAAUUUUAUCCUUGGUUCAAAUAUUAUAAUAUUUACAUUUUUUCAACAAGUUAUUGUACAUAGCCGUGCAGGAGAGAAAAGAAAUAAAUCUGAGCCAAUUAUAAGAUUGAACCACAACAUUUCAUGACUUAACUUAAUUUUUUUUACACCAAACAGCAAGCCAAAGCAGAGGAAGAAGAGGAAUUUAUUUCCAACACGUUGCUGAAGAAAAUUCAGUCACUGAAAAAAGAAAAAGAAACUCUGGCAAUGAACUAUGAACAGGAAGAAGAAUUUCUCACAAACGAUUUGUCAAGAAAAUUAAUGCAGGUACCUAUUAGUUAAAUAGCUGUAUUCUAAACAGUAUUACAUUCCAAGCUUUGUUACCAUUGACCGUGUUUGUGUUUGCUUUGGGAGAAUCCAAGAUACAUGUUUGUGAUGUCAUAAAAUAUGAGUUGUUCACUACCAAAAAAGUAGAAGAUAUGAAAAAGGAAUAUUCGCCAGGACAAUUUCACAUCCUUGUGCUCAUCAUGAUGAGAAAAAUAAAACAAAAGAAACAACAGCAAACCGAUCCUCACUGCAAUAAUAAGAAGAAAAAGUAACAUGACAUACAUAUAAAAUUCAAAAUAUACAAUGUACCAGUUGAUAUGUAUGCGCACCUAUUGGCAGAGUGCUCAAAUUCAAAAUAUAUAUUUUGGUUUGAAACACAUGGCUCUCAAGGGCUAAUUAACAAUUUUUCCUCGAGCUCGAAUGGGCUUUGAGUCAAUAGCCCAUGAGGCUGAAGGCCGAAUGGGCUAUUGACUCAGAGGCCAUGAGGGCGAGAGGAAUAAUACAAUUAUUGCUAUUGUGAUAGUAAAAUCCAACUAGUUGGUCAAAAAUAUCGAGAAUAAAAAAUUUUCAGCUAGUUAAAAGCUAGUCUUUAAGCCCGCGGUUUUCGCUUCUAGGGGGCUAUAACAUAUAGCCUAGUAGUAGCUCAACCAAUCAGAACGCAGCACUGAUAAUAGACCACUAGUUGGAUUUUACUAAAACAAAAUAGAUUACAUGUUAGGAUCUUCAAAUUAUAAGAAUUUGAAACUGAAGCCGAUAAAUAUUCUUUCUUUUAACAUGGACAAGCAGGUGAUAUUUAGUACAAAAAUGGCAAGUAAAAACAUUUACCUAUAAAUGGAUUCAAUUCAAAAUGAACCAGCAAUAAAACAGUAAUUAACAUAAAAUAUGUAGCAACGAGUCGAGUGCCAUUACUUUUAUCAUGUUUUACAAAAGGUUUUUUUUAAUAAGUAUCAACAAAGUGGCGAUAGUGGUGAGAUCAGUUGAUGCAAAAAAUCUGGGGCUAUGUUCUUGCAUCGUGUUUUAAUGUUGUUUUUGUCCUGCUUAACUUGCAUAGCUUUGUUUAACCUUCAUAACCUGUUUAAUAAGAACCUGAUUAGCCUAAUUUUCCAGUUAGCACCAUUUUUAUCAGAACCUUUUUAGCCUAGCUUGGAAAAACUUAGGAUCUUAUAAUGUGGGUUUUUACUGUAGUACACAAAGAAAAUUGUAAUUUGUUUACCCACGGAGCACCAAGGAGUUCAUAAGAACUCGUUGAAACGUGUCUGUGCGUUCCAGAUUGAAGUGGAAUUUGAGGAGAGGGGAAAACUGGAGUACCCAGAGAAAAACCUCACGGAGCAAGGGAGAGAACCAACAACAAACUCAACUCACAUAUGGCGUCGCCGCCAGGAUUCGAACCUGGGCCACACUGGUGGGAGGCGAGUGCUCUCCCCAAGGUGCCACCCAGGGAUUGCAAAUUUUAUUGAUGAGUGGAGUCACUGUGACUUCCGCUUCACAAAUUUUGGAGUCAUUUUGGAAAAUUUGGAGUCAAGUAUCACAACGAAAAAAGCCAUUUUCAGACUUUACAGCACAUGGUCCUGGCAUGAAUAACUAUCAUGAUGGAUAUACGGUGUAGCUGUGGGGGUCCACUGACCUAGAAAGCUCAAAUCCAUGAUGGCGGUCAUCGAGUAAACUUUGAUCGUAAUUUACCCUUUUCCUGUUUUGUCGUGCAGUAUCAUUCUUUAAUUUUGAUGAUUUAAUUAAGGUUUGCAACGUUUACAAUUAACGUAAAUUGCAUUUGUUGCGAAAAAGGUAGGGACAAAACUGUGUGUGUUACCGAAAAUUUCUGGAGUCGAAGUGGCUCCCUGUUUGUUACCGAAAAUUUCUGAAGUCGAAGUGACUCCCUCCGUAACCUCUGUGGAGUCAUCUGAUCAAUUUUGGCGUAAAAUACGCCAAAUUUGGCGUAUUUGCGAACCCUGGUGCCACCCUUAACAAUAAUUCAUUCUAAAAAGGAAAGCUUUAUUGUGGUGCCAUUUGUCUUUUUUUAGCUACGCCAAGAGAAGAUUCAGCUGGAGCAAACCCUAGAGCAAGAGCAGGAAUAUCAAGUCAACAAAUUGAUGAGAAAAAUUGACAAACUGGAAUCAGAUGUCACUUCAAAGCAGACGACCUUAGAACAGGUAAUGAAUGUCCUUUAUCUGUCAGUUGCACUGAUUACUAAUCUAAUUUAUUAUUGCGUUUUAUUAUCGCUGCAUACUGUCUCAUUACCACAUUGUGGCAGACUGUCCAACCAUCCUGAUCUUGUUGGGAUUCUCUUAAUUUUGCUUGAAAAUUUCGAAUCUGGACCGGUAUGCAAUCGGAUAGGAAAAAUCCGAAUUUUGACAUCUGUUCUGAUAUUUUAACAGGAAUUCUUAUGGCAAAUACAUUUUACAGAAUAUACUUAACUGAAAGUGAUAUCCAGAAAACUUUAUAAAACCACAUGAAAAAUAAAAUAGAAUUAAGUACUUGAAUGUUCAACUAUGCUAAUAAAAUUAAGCAUAAAAUGACUAUCAAGACAGAAAUUGUCCUCUCAAAACCUUAGAAAUGACUUUUCAGAGCAUCAAGAUUUCAAAUUUUUCUGAGGAACAUCCCCGUUAAACUCCCCUAGAGGCUCAGCCCUUCAGCCCUCCCAUGAUUCAUCAGUGAUUAAAAAAAUAUCUGUAUUUUACAUACUCCAAAAGGUUGGAAAGUCUGUUGUGGUAUGAUAAGACACAGGAUUAUUGAAUUAUAAGUGUGGUUUUCUGCUGGCUGAGGGACGAAAGAAGCAGAAAACGUUUUUUUUUAACACACGGCUGGGAGUAUGGGUUCGAGUGUGCAGGGGGUCUUCAGGUCACAUUGCAUUUCAGAGUUCAGUUGUUUUUGUUGCCUUCCACCACUGCCUGACCUUCCCCACCCACCCACCCUCCAUGUAUUUUUAGGGUUGUAGGUUUUCAAGUAGUGCCUCAGUUACGGUUAUUCUUGUAUGUUAAUCUAUUGUAUCUAGGCUCAGUUUCAGCUGUUUUUGUUAGCUCUCUUUUGGUGCUGUAACACUAAUGAUUCAUAGUGUUGAUAUAAUAAAGGUCGGGCUGCAUUGUCGGCUUGGCAUGGCUCCCAGUUUUGUGUGAGAACAGUAACUGAAUUAUUCAAAAUUGAUAGAACCUCAUCAGCACCUUUACAUGGUACCAUUUUUUACAUAGUCACACAGUCUAAUUUGGGAUUUUAAUUGAAUGCUCAAGUUUGGCACUUCUGCAUGUGAUAUAGUUAGGUUGUGGAGCUACAGUUUGUAUGUCUCCAUUGAAAUAAUUGGAAAUCAUUACCUUGCACCCCCACCCCCUCUCCUGGAAAAAAAAGUUGUUUAUCUCAAAGUGAACUUAGCAUUUCAGCUAGUUUACCACCUUUCCAUUCAAAUACUCACUGGAAACAAAUAAUCCAAACAGAACAUUACACCUGAUUAAAAACCCAAAUUGGCAGGAGGCAAUCGGUUGGCUAUUUUUUUUUUACGUGGAUUUGAAUUCAUGAUUUGAAUUAAGGACAACCAAGAACAAAUCUAGAUAGUGGUCAGAGUGGGACUUGAAUUGGGGAUACUGACUGCUUGGCCUUCAUUGUGAUAUUAUUUGAAUUCUUUUUUUCAGCUGAGGAAAGAGAAAGUGGAUCUUGAGAAUACUUUAGAACAAGAGCAGGAGUUAUUAGUCAACAGGCUGUGGAAAAGAAUGGACAGACUGGAAGCAGAGAAGAGGUGGGUUGAACUCUUUACAUUCAUUUUGCCCCCAAGUAAUUUCACCCCAGUAACUUAGCCCGCCUACUGUAGAGUGAGGAAUAUUGUAUUUGAAGUGCACUUGUUUUGGUUUAUAGCUUGUAGGAUGAGAAAUAUUACAUUUAAAGUGCACUGGUUCAGUUUUAUGGCUUAUAGAACUAGGAAUAUUAUAUUUGGAGCAUGCUAAAUGACUCGAAAAUAGGGGGUCAAGUAAUUAGGGCAAAAUGACUGGUUUCUGGUUGAACUGACUGCAUUCUGCAUUUCCCCUUCCCUAUAAUAACUGUUUUUUUAUUCUUCUGCUUCCUGUCUGCUUCUGGUCACAGAAUAGUAAUAUGCAGGCAAAGAAAACCUGAAAAAUAAAGUGCUUUCAGGAACAGACCUAUUCGGCUAACUCAGUGUUGUACCCAAUUCAAACCCAUUUGCAUAUCAUUUAAAUGUGAAUGCCACACUAUAAUGCAAAAUACAAUACACAAAGAAUCUUAACCUUGGGAGAUUUGAAUUGGGUGUAACAUUGAGUUUGCCGAAUAGGUCUAUUCGAAAGUUGGUCAAAACCUUGGCAGUACAUAGUUUGUGGUGGCAUUCAUAAUUAAGAAAAAAAUGUUCUUGCUACACAAGUGUAAUAUUUCCUCACUGUAGCUAGCAGUGUGGGCAUAGAAGCAGUAGAAUUUUCUGGACAACUCAAAGGGGCCUUCUGGUAUCCCCUGAACUCACCAAACUUUUUGUGCUUUCUACUAUUUCAGUUCUUCCUCUGCUUUUAAAAUCAAAGAUGGUGACUACCCACAUGGGAAAUACAUGUGCUAAGCGAUCGUUCUUUCGCAUCGCAGGUUAUAGUAAAGAUGCUAUAGUGCAGUUAUUUAUUGUAAAUUUUUUCUGCUUCCCGUCAGAAUGCUACAAGAGAAGCUUGAGGAACCUAUCUCUGAGCCACCCUCCCCCAGACAGUUUCAAGAUGGAGAGGAUGCUGUGGGUGAUCUGGCUUCACAUAUCACAUCACUGAGAGAAGAGAUUCGCAAACUCAGACAGCAACUUGCCAAAUCUGAAGCUGAUUGUAAGUAACAUCAGGCCUUUUCGCCCGAAGGCAAUAGACCUGUUUAGCUUGUAUAUUUUUGGUUUUUCCCAAUUCAGACCAAGUGAUGGUCUCCAGGAAAAGCACAGAUUAGUUCUUGGCCACUGUCGGGGGGGGUACUAUAGGAAUUUCUGGGUAGGGAUGUGCUGCCGCUCGGACCCUGGAACCCUUCACCUAUACCAGAGCUAGUUCAGCUGAAUUUUGCUACCCUAUACUAGAGUAAACUCCCCAAAUCCCCCCUAUCCUAGAGUAGCUGUUUCCCUAGUCUAGAUAAAAUCUUCAACCAACUGAUCAGUUUCCUGAAAAAUGAUACCCUAUCCUAGACCCGAACUCUCUGAUUUAUAUACCCUAUCCUAGAGUAAACUGCUUGAAAACCAUACCCUUCACAGCGGCACAUACCUAUAUAGCCCAUAUAUGGCAGUACCCCCUCCCCCCCCCGGGGCCACUGUUCGCCUACAUAUGCACGUGGAUGCACGUGCACAAGACGACAGUUGAAAGAAAACAGUUUUCAGGGGUACCAUCACGUGGUGUGAAAUGGGAAAACAAAACAGACAAGCUAAAAAGGUCUAUUCACCAGCACUUAAGACGAUUCACCCGAUGCUUUUUUGUCGUUUGUUAAGCCUGAAAAAAGGGAUAAUUGUGAAAAGACAGUGACUGCACAUAAGGAAUCCAAACUUAACUAAAAUAACAUCUCUGAUAAUUAUGUUUACCGUGUUGUAGAGAGUUGAAUGUCAUCAGGCGAAUCGACUUAUGUCCGGGCGAAACAAUUCUUGUAAGUGAUAUCUAAGUGUAAAUUCUCUUACGUGUAUAACUUCUCUCAAGAUGCUUUUUAUGAAACAGUACCAUAAAAAGAGUCGCUAUCCUAUACGGGCCUAUGUACUCGAAUCUAGAAUUUGUCACCAAGAAUCAAGUACGGAAACGAUGCUCGCGAGACCGAGAAAAUAUCUUAUACGUUUUGCUUGAUACAAUUUGUUUGGGUAAAUGGCCUAACUUUAAAAACAUAAGAAACUACAGAAUCUAUAGUCGUUGUAGUGAAGAAACUCAAGGGCCAAACAAAUAAAGCUUUUGCAAGUGUGAUUUUCAAUUGUAGCUGUUGCGUGUUACCUGUAAACAGGGGCACCCAACGGCAAUUUUCGGGAAAAUAUCUGUUCGGAAGACGAUUUGAGAUCUAGAAUUUUCGGAACAUUUGCUGUAAAAUUUCUUGCUUGCCUGCCUCUCCUAGGAUUUUCGAACGUCUACAAAAUGAUAUAAUUACCCAUUUUAAACGGAUAUUUACCCUAAAAAAGGCCACCUAGAAUUUUCGGGAGCCUUUUCCUGGCUGAAAUUUUCGAAAAGGUAAGUUUUGAUCCCUAUAAUUUUCGGAUCACUAGACUUUCAGCUAGGAAAUCCGAACAGAUGAAAAGUUUUUAGGGGAUAAAAAUAUGCCUAUAUCUACCGUUUAAAUACUAAAAUACGUUCAACAAUGCUAUGUUAAGUGGUUUUGAACUAUAUCCUCGUUGGGUGCCCCUGUGUAAAUUACUGUACGCUUGUAAAAGGGUUAUUGAAUUCAGCCUAGGUUGUACGGAAACGAGUAACGAGUUAACUUGUAUGGAAACGACUAUCAAAGUAUCAAAGUUGUUUCGCCGAAACAAUUUUGUAUCGAAACGACCUAACCCGUGGUAGCCAAUGGACUUGCAUCGAAACGAUCCGAUAACUUACAAAAAAUGUGUCAUUAUAAGUUGAUAGUUCUGUCUCGGUUUCUGCUCAGAGGGUGUAAGAGUAAACUCGAGAAUGAACAGCAAGUCAUAGUAAGAGAAAGUAACGGACUGAAUAAACUUUUUUUGUUUAUUUCCUAUGUUUCUAUCCUCUGGACCUCACUUUCAGGAUGAAUUUUAAUACAGUAAACACCCGCAUAUAAGAACAAAUGGAUUAAGAACACCAGGCUGAAAUUUGGCCAAUAAAGCCCCAUUUUUAUAAGAAGAAGAUAAGCCUGAAAAUUGUAACAUGUUCGUAUAAAAUGGAAAAAGUGUCAUAAUUACAAAACAUGUAAGUUUAUGUUUGCUGUCAGAAUAAUUAUUUAUUUUAUUUUUCCUAAAAUAUGCUAAAUAUACCUUUAGCAUUUCUUUUGGAUAGUAUUACUAAAUAAAAAGUUAAGAACAUUUUAAGAACAUUUUGAGGCUGAUUUGUCUUUAAGCACCCGAUAAAUAAGAACUCAAUCAGCCUGACCUCCGAAAUCGUGUGUUCUUAUACGCAGGUGUUUACUGUACAGUGGAAUCCCGAAACUCCUCCGAAAAAGGUCCAGAUAUUCGAAAAAUCGGGUGGGGUGGCGGAAAUUACAAUGUUUUGCUGGCAAAUUGAAACCAGAUUUGGUUUGCACUAUCUGGUGGUUCGAGAAAUGGAGACUUUCCUGUAUUUCGAAACUGAGCUGAUGUUCCUUGACAAAGAAUACAGACUCGAAAACUUAAUCGUGUUCUUUCUCACGUGGAUGUGUCUUCCUGUUGAUAUUUGAUGCUUAAGUAAAACACGAUGAAAGCAAUAUAUUAAGAGACGUGUCACGUGCAACUAAAGAACUCAAAUCUUGAUAUUCUUCCUUGUCUAAUUAUUUUGGUCUUUGUUGUACAAACAUACAUAAAUUCAAAGAUUGUGAUUUGUUUUUCGCCCCUGACUAUCCCGUUAUCCAGCCCAGGAUGUUAGAGGAUGAUGUUUCUUUAUUUUCAAACAUGAUUUUAAAACGAGUUAGUUCUCUAAAUCUCAUUACGCCAAGGGAAGUAAAGGAAAAUCCGGCGGCCAUGGUUAUUAAUUUACGUUAAAUGAAUGUGUAUAAGAACGUUGAUUAAACUGCAUCUUGUCGCACUUGACUCCGUGGCGCAAUGGUAGCGCGUCUGACUCCAGAUCAGAAGGCUGCGUGUUCGACUCACGUCGGGGUCAUGGUUUGUUUUCCUUUUUUCCUCCAUUUGUUUUAAAAAGAUAUUUUUAUACUUGCCGAGUCUUCAGUUUACCUCGUGGUCACGGUUGUUGAUUUGCUCUGUUCCUCUCCCUCUUGUUUUUCCACUAUGUGUCCCUUCCCCCAAAUCAAACUCCUUUUCGGGGUAAAGAAAAACAAGGUAAAACAACGGGAAGCAAACUUUUAAAUUAGUUUUAAGGAAAAAGAAAGGUUUGACUUACUGUUAGUGGUUGGACAUGACUAAAAAUCGAAUUUCAGUAGGCUGAAAGCUUGAAAAAGCAGGAAAUUGUGAAAUACCAAUGACUUGUGAGUCAAAAGCCCACUAAAGAGCCGCGCAAAUGAUCAUUUUAAGUCACGGAAAGUUAGAAGAGAAACAAGAGAGACUGUUUUAUUCCGGCUGUAGUUUAUUUUGCACGUGCUGCAAUGUAGUGUAUCUUAAACUGAGGGAACACAACAUAAAGCGAUGUUUUUGACACAAAAUACUAGAAACUUUAUUUGUCCGCUUAGUGGACUUUCCUGACCUUUUGCGGUGACCAGAAGGGAAAUAUUUGUCACAUGAUUUAUUACGCGGAUCCUGAUGAGCCUAUAUAUUCUCCCCACCGUACUUCAUACCUUUCCUGUAGUACAUGUACUGACAAGGAGAAUUUCAGUGUUGAUCAAUCACGUCCUUGGUUACCUUGCGAUAAGUUCGUUUGUUGUAAUGACGUUUUAGUUUGAUUAAAUUUGCGAUUUUCCCGUUCGCCCCCAUAAUGCAAUUUGUUUUCCUCACAAAAGCUUGCCGGCAUAAGUAAUAUUUUCAAUUUUACUUGGGACGAACAAUCCUGCCUUGAGAAAUUGAAAACAAAACUCUUGGGACAUCUAUAUCCAGUUGAACAAAGUUUGUGGAUCUGUCAUAUCACGGGCAGAAAAACUCCCGCGGGGGGGGGGGGAGGGAGUGGCCGCGCCUCACUUAUUAUGGAUUUAGUUACUAUAGCGCUUUUCAAUUGAGUGUCGAAAACCAAAACCAAAGUAAUCACAACGGCCAAUCAGAGUAAAGGAAAUUAUCACAGGGAGCCAAUGGCAACUCGAAGUAAACGCGUGUAACCGGCCUGUAGCGCGGGAAAACGCGAGUGACCAAGGAGCGAUUGGUUUUAGUUUUCAUCUGAUUGGCUGAGAGGUUGGCGCGAGUUUUCUAGACCAAUCAAACAGCACAGUAAAGCAAAACCAAUUCAAUCCUGGAUUACUUUCAACACUCAAUUGAAAAUUGCUCUAGUUUAGGCUAAUCUCCACACCAUCUCCAUCUCUUUAGAUUGUGAAAAAAUGGAGGCGUAUGCAAAGGAGGAACGUCAGGUCAAGGAGGAAAAUAUCAGAUUACAAAGAAAACUGCUGCGAGAGAUGGAGAGAAGAGAGGCGCUCAGCAGACAACUAUCAGAGAGUGAAUCCAGUUUGGAGAUGGAUGAUGAGAGGUAAGCCGAGAAUGGACAUAUUUUGCACGUUCAUUACUACAAAAAUGGUGCAGGACUACCGUUAAAAACACCUGUAUGUGAGAAAUAGUUCCCCUACAAGAAUGUAGGAUAUGAAAAUGGUCUGGUCACUAGGCUAAGGGAAAAAAAAGCCAUUUUAUGGUUAAAGCUGUACGUGACGUGAGAAACAAGUCGGUAAAAGCAGGUUGUUUCAUAUGAUGAAAAGUUAAAAAAAAAAAUGGAAAAAAUCUUCUUUUUUUACCCUCGGCAGUAUUUAUAGCACUGAUGCUAGUGGGCCGAGAAAAGGUCUUAAAACAAAAAAUUCAGAUUAAACUUAACAGGGUUAAGAAUCCCAACUGGCCGGAGGCAAACCAGUUUGCAAUCUACAAGCGUGGUCGAGGAUUUAAACUCGGGACUACCGUGACUUGAACAAAUCCAGCUAGCGGUCAGGGCGGGACUUGAACUCGGGGCUUCCGAAUUACAAGUUCAGCGCUCUAACGGCUCGGCCAUGCUGCCUCCUCAAUGAGCUGUGUGGAAGGCUGAAUAGUUGAAACCGCAACACUGCGAGCAGAGAUAGUGGAGACGUAAGAAAGGAUCAACAACAACUAUAAAAACGCACUGAAAUCGCCGUGUAGUUAUUUUAGCGAAAAUCGUGAAAUCUAUAAUGCCGAUCACUCUUGAUUGACGGGGAUGACAAAACCACUCCAUACUCUCUAGGGUUCGCACACACCUUGAAAUUCCUUGAAAGUCCUUGAAAAUUGCAGUUGCUGCUGGAAAGUCCUUUAUUGUCGGUGCUAACUUUAUCCAACCCAGAUUCUCAGGUGCCUAAAGGAGCAAACACAGAAAGACCUUCAGGAUAAAAAAUUAAAAUUGCAGUCAUGUUGUGGAAGAACUAAAAAAGGCAGACUCAAGACUCUUUUUUGCACUGAGUGGAGUGCCUGAAAAAUGGGAAAUGUGUCCUUGAAAGUCCGUGAAAAGUCCUUGAAUUUCUUGUUCAAAAAAGGGUACGCCUCCUGACUUUCUUCGAUAUGCGAUAAUCGGGCUAAAUUCAUGCGACACUAUCGAGGUUUUACGAUCAAACUAUAAUCAGCCGUAAUUGAAUUUGGAAAGAUUAGAUGUAAGACAAAAUUUACUCUACUCGUUUUUAACUUUUGAUCAUAAUUUUGGGAUCAAAUGAUGGGCAUGCUGAUGAUAAACGCCAUUUAUAUCCAGUAUUUGGUUCAGUGCUUCAUGACCUCUUAAUUUUUAAAGACUUUCAGGCGUACCAAACCUGUUUGUUCUUUGUAUAUUGAACCACUCAUAGAACACUCUUCUUGCCCCCUCCCCCUCGCCACCGCCCCUUUCCCAAUUUUUUAAAAGCUGUUGUUUUCAAACGCUUUUGGAAACAGUCCUCCUGGGAGCAUAUGAAACAAUAGUUCAUGCAAAAUGUUGGGGGGUGUGGGUGGGGGCAAGCGAAGUUUAUUAUGAGGGAUUUGAAAAUAGAGAAUGUACCUUUCCUGUAGGCACUUCAACGAGAUGACCUCCCAUGGUUCGGCGCACCGGGACCGUACAUCAUCCAGUCCCCUCCCGCUGACUGCCAACAGACCCAUAUCACCAGCCUAUGGUUUUACUCCGCCGUCACCGCGCUUGCCCAGAUAUCCAUCCAAUGAGAGACUGAGUGGGUCCCAUUCCUCUGCGAGCUCAUCUCCACCGACUCACUCAUUACAAGUAAGACUAAUUAUAUUUCAGAUGUACUUACAUGUAAUAUUUGGAAAUGCAGAAAAGUGGCGGUAAUCUUGCUGCGUCUAACGCUGCAGACCUUUUGAAAGCCUAAUUUAGGAAAGAAACGGGCUUCACCAACGACACGACAAUUAAGUAAACUCAACCAAACGAAGUAAAAAACAAUUGAGCCUAAAAAUCUCAAAUCAAGCGCAGUUUCUCCUGUUUGAGUUGGUACUCGUUCCUCGAAAUUUCGAUAAUACUUAACUUUGUGUUGCUUCUUUCAUUCCAACUUAUCAGCAUUUAUUCCUAGACCUCUUUUAUACCCCUGAAUAGUCUGCUGAAAUGCGUCUAGUGUUAGUUAAAAGAGACAUUAGGGACCUUAAGCAAGGACGACGAGACGGCAGUGAAAACGUCAGUAAAAAAAUGAAUUUGCGUUCUUUCAAACUUAAUCGCGUCUAUUUGGACCCGCUCAAAAUGUCAAGUGCAGACGACUUUUCCUGGAGUUGAAUUCUUAAGGAUUUUAUUCAGGUUCAAAAAGGGGAAGGAAAAUUCGUCGUCGUAUGUCCACGUCCUCCAUAAAACGUCAAAUAAGGAGGUUUCACGUCGUAGUCGUGCAGUGGACGUCAAAGAAAUGUACUAAAAAGCGUGAUGCACGUGCAGAGCUGUUGUUUUGAUCAUUAAACCUAUUGUUUUUUUUGAAGUCAUCGUUGUGGUCGUCGUCGUAGUUACUUAAGCUCCCUAAUUAGAUUCGAUGACGACAACGACUCCGAAGACAAGAUUUGACAGAAAGUUUUUUCGUGUAUUCUCAAAAAAUAGACAUGCAACCCGGAAAGCUUUAUUGUACCCUUUUUCACCAGAAAAGUUAGCACUGUUAUCUUUAGUGAAGGAGGUUACGCCCUUUCGCGAUCGCAAAAUAAUAAAACCCGUAGUAGAAUGACGACAACUAUCACGUUUUCCCGCCAAAAUGAAGCUGGUUUACGCAAGCGCAUUAGUUAGUGCUGAGAAAAUCUGGUACUAGUAGUCCUCCUCGUCUUAGAAUCUAAAGGUCUCUCAUUCUUUAUUUCCGAAAUGUCGGAAGGAACUGAAAAUUUGCGUGACCAGUUGUGACACACAGACUUUGUUUUGCGUUACAAACUCACGCAAUCUCAUAUUUCCUUUGUCACAGAGAGGGCAGCGAACUUACUCCUCCUCCAGUGCAACGCCCCACCGACCCAGGCCUUCAUCAGGAUCAUAAUCCACAAACGACCUUUGCUGGUAUGGACUGAUAUGAACUUGAACUGUUCAGUGCGGAUCACAAGAAUCCCAGACUACGUUAAUAAUAUAGGUUUGGUGCACUAAGUGGUGUUGACCUAGGGAUAAAACAUGGUGUUUUAUUGCAGCAAGGUCUUCAGGUGUUAAAAGUCAUUGAUUUACUAAAAGGUAAACAGUAAAAAGAGCUUUUAUGUUAAUGGCCGCUGCCAUUGUCCUAGAAUGAAUUACGGAUAUAAACGAGGCAAUUAAAAGGCAAAUAAUAAGGGGACAAAGUCUUAUUUAGUUAAGCAUGGUUUUUAAAGCCGUUUAUCUAAGCGGUUACGAUGGGUGUGGCGUUUGAAACUUUUGUAAGUUUUAGUUUGGGCUUUGAAAUGUGUCUGUUAACCCAUAGCUUGCAGGAGAUACUUGAGGGUAUUCUAUAUCUCUAUAAUCUUGAAAUGAAGAGAAAAUAUAAAAAAGAAAGUGUUAAAAAGUUAAAAGUAUAUACCACAUAUUCAAAAUGAAUGUCGGUUUUUUUUCCUUUUUUUUCUCAUUCGUUUUUGUAAAGAAAAUUUUACGGUGACAGCAGUUUCUUUUGGUGAUGUGACCAUUCCUAAACCUGGGCCCUGACUACAGAAAUAAAUUAGUAAAUAGCCACACAAAUGAACAGGGUUAGAACUAAAGCUGAAGCAAAUCAGAAAUACUUGGUGGAAAGGUUCUUUAACUCAAAAAAUUCAGCAAUGCACAUUCUACACAUUACUCCAAGCUAUCCAUUUUGUUCUUCUCCAUACAAAUUUAUUUUUUUAUCACGGGUGAGUUUGCAUUUUUUGCCAGGCUUUGUCAAUAUAAGGUCAAAUUUUAUGAGUGCAUUUAAUAUUUCGACGGCAUCCUACCCCUUAGUGUUAGUUAAGGCGGUGGCUGUUGAUUAAAUGCGUUCACCAUUGAGCAGAUUAGGAAGGUUCCAUUUUUAAUGUUUGUUUCUUUCGUAUUUUCAUUACGCGAGGGUUGACAUUUUGUAAUUGAAAAUUUUUCGCAAAGAUGAAUAGACUGAACUGAAGUAAUCAGAAACACAGGCUCUUUCUUCUGCGCGGUGAGGUCCUCAGCGUCGUUCCCAGUCGUCCUUGGCGAUUUCGUAUGUGACGUCACCUGUCUAUCUUGUCGGAAAAAUUCACGCUAGGCGUUCGAACCCAAGCUUCCUCUGCUCACUCGGAUAGCGCAAACUGGCCUGGGGACGAGGCUGUGAAGUCCUAAGGUGGAUGUCAAACCGCGUCGAGUUGAGAUUCCCUGCGCUUUUCAUUUUUCUCAUUUAGAUAAAUAUGGUAUUUCGACCCUCCCUUCCCUAAACUGCCCGUUUUUUCUUUCUUUUUCCUUUUCUUUACUUAUUUUUUGUGAGACGGGCCUUUUUCUUAGCGAGAGUCGUUGGCAUUUCAACUUAUACCUCCGCACGUUAAGCAGCGUGAUAUUUACCUUGUAAAAAUGCUUUGAUGUUGUAAAGUUAAUUUCUUUGGGUAACUUUUGACCACAAGGUGUUAUUGUUUCUGGCAACAAUCCCAAUGAGAUGUAAAUACUGGAACUUAAUUCUAAGAAAUAUAUUGAUUUCAUUGUUUAAAUUUAAGUACUGAACUAUGAGCGGAAAUCAUUAGGGCCAUUUAUACGAGGAAAAAUAAGACGCGUCUUACAUAAGACGCGUCUUAAAUAAGACGCGAACUUUUCCAUUUAUACGAG